AUGCCCUUCAACUCCAACACCAAGUGUCCUCCUGACAGCUCCCAUUGGCUGAGGGAUGUGCCAGCUCCAGGAGAGCCUGGCAGGAUGCACAGCGGCAUUACCCUGCACCCAGAGACUUACCAUGGGGAGGUUGGAUUUGAUAACAUGGGUGGUCUUUUCGAACACAUUGCAGCUUUAAAAGAGAUGGUGAUUUUUCCCCUCCUUUAUCCAAAAGUGUUUGAAAGAUUCAAUAUUCAGCCCCCAAGAGACUGUUUAUUCUAUGGCCCCCCAGGAAUGGGAAAAAUGCUGGUUGUUCAUGCUCUUGCUAACGAAUGUAGCCGAGGUGAUAGAAAAAUAUCAUUUUUUAUGAGAAAAGCUUCGGACUGCCUGAGACAAUGGGUGGGGGAAUCAGAACAUCAGCUUCGCUCAUUAUUUGAACAGGCCUAUCAGAUACGACCUUCAGUUAUUUUCUUUGACGAUACAGAUGGCCUCACUCCUGUGCGGUCCAGCAAACAAGACCAAAUUCAUAGUUCCAUUGUCUCAACACUUCUGACGCUUAUGGAUGGCAUAGAAAACAGAGGGGAGAUUGUGGUAAUCAAAGCCACCAACAGACUGGAUUCUAUAGAUCCUGCUUUACAGAGACGAGGACGCUUUGACAGAGAGUUCCUCUUCACCUUGCCAAAUAAAGAGGCUAGAAAAGAAAUUUUCAAGAUUCAUACUUGUGACCAGAUCCCUAAGCCACCGGACAUGUUGCUUGAUGAGCUAGCUGAGAAAUGCAUUGGAUACUGUGGUGCAGAUAUAAAAUCCUUAUGUACUGAAGCUGCACUGUGCUCUCUGUGUCAAUGCUAUCCUCAGAUCUAUGCAAGUAGGGAGAGAUUGUGACUAGACGUUAAUUCUAUGAAAAUAAAAGCAAAGGCUUUUUUUAUGGCUCUGAAGAAGGUUGUUCCAGCAUCAAGCAGGAUUGUGGCUUCACCUGGACAAGCACUGUCACCCAUUUUUAAGCCACUUUUUGAAAAUUCAGUAGUGAAUAUUUUACAAGCCUUGCAGAAGAUAUUUCUGCAUGCAGAACUUUUAGCUAAAAAUAACCAGCUUUCUGAGUUUGUGUUGCCACCUUCUACCCUUCUGUUUUCCAGGACUGUUAAACCAGUAGUGAAUCUGCAGCAGAAAGAAAACACCUCAUUUCUAAACUUGUUUUCCUAUGACUCUUGUUCUAGGAGUGCUUACUACGAACUGACAUCAUGUUGGCCCCGUCUGCUAAUAGUAGGAAAAGCGGGAUAUGGACAUGGUUCUUAUUUGGCACCCGCGGUGUUGCAUGCUUUGGAGAAGUUUCCCGUUCACACCCUGGACUUAUCCAUUCUGUUUAAAAACGUUGCACCGCCAGAAGAAAUAUGCGGAGAGCUGAUCUGAAAUACUCAGAAGACAGCACCAAGCAUAAUUUAUGUCCCAGAUAUCCAUUUGUGGUGGGACAACGUUGGACCUGCUUUGAAACUUACUUUUCUAACUCUACCAGAGAACAUUCCAGCAUUUUCUCCAGUUUUGCUGCUUGCUACAUCUGAUGUGUGUCACUCAGAUCUUCCAGAAGAUCCAUAA